AUGGAAUAGGACAGUGUUUCUAUUUUAUGUGAAUAAAAGGAGAGAAAAAUAAAGUAAAUGCAAAUGAUCUACAUAGAGUAAUCUUGAUUGGAGAUCAAUCUGUAGGUAAAAGUAAAUUAAUGGAAUGUCUGCUGAAUAUUGAAUCUAAAGUUAAUGAUAAAUAAAUUUAAUCUGUAGAUUUCUUUAUAUCAAGAAUUCUAUUACCUAAUAAGAUUACUUAAAAGAUUCAUGUUUGGAUUACUUCUGGAGAAAUUAAGAAUAUGUAAUUAUUUAUUUUUAUGAUGUUUAGUGCCAUGAUUAGAGCAUUUCUGCUAUAGAGUAACAUUUACAUAAUUGCAUUCUCUUUAAAUAAUAUGGUGACUUUAGAAAAUGCAUUAAAUACAUGGUUUUAAUUAUGUGUUAAGAAUGCCAAACAAACAAAUGCAUAUUAUUAUUUCUUAGGAACUAUGGGAGAUUUAGAGAGGAAAUGUCCUAAAUAUAAUGAGAUAAUUGAUUAGAUCAAUGAAAAAUGUUCAGAAUAUAAAGUAGCAGUCUUUGGUUCAAAAAAUGUACAUCCCAUAAAAGGAAUUAGAUAAUCAGAAAAAUGGAAUGAUGAUCACAUUAUUGAAUUUGCAACUAAACGACUUCCUCAAAAUGUAUAUUACUCAGAAUGUUCAGCAACUGAAAAUUUAGGAAUGGAUCGAAGUAUGAGUAUAUUUACUAAAUUAAUAAUGUCUGCAAUGGAUAUAUAAGAUAAAAUGAAUGGAAUAGUUAAGGUUACAGAAUAACCUACAAAUACAUAACCUUAAUUGUAGUCUACAUAAGAUAAGAGACCUUCUGCAAAGAUUGAAAUUCAAAAACAACCUUAAGAACAAUAAGAAAAGAUGUGUUGCAACAUAUUUUGA